AUGACCUCUUCCGAAACGUCUUUGGGAAACGACGCGACUGAUGAUAUGAACCAGAAAGAGCCUCAGGAGUACCGUCAAGACAACAACGACUCGCUCAUGCGGGUGGUGACUCAGUACACAGAGUACUCUGUUUCCCACGCCAAUGAGGAGGACAUCGAGAGACUCGAGCGCGAGAGAGACGAGGAAAUGGCGAAGGAACGGCAGGAGCCGGUCAGGUCUGGGUUUCUGUCCAAAAGAUACGCCCAGCAACGAAAGAAGUUUUUCAAGCAAUACGCAGUUAUUAUUGUUGUUCUAUGGAUAUUUAUUCUGAGCGUGUUUUCUAUUUAUUGGGGCGCCAUGUACCAGCGUGGCAGUCGCCUGGUCAACCUGAAAAUUCUCCUGGUUGUUGAGGACGGCGCCAGCGUCGACAACAACGACUACCCGGUGUCGCAGGCGCUGCUUCAGGUGGCCGAGUCGCCGGCGGUGAAGCCGCUGCUGGGAUGGACUCGCCAUAACUACACGGACGAGGACUGGGUCGUCAACGAAGUCUGGAAACAAAAGUACUGGGGCGCGAUCUACGUCACCAGCAACAACGUUUCGCAGCAGCUGGUCCAGGCUCUGCAAAACGGACAGGAUCUCAACACUUCUACGCUCGUUUACGGCUACUAUGAGACCGCCAGAGACCUUAAUGGGAUGACAGGAGGUGUAUCCACGGCUGCUCUCGCAGCUGUCGGCGGAGCAGUUUGCCAGCCUGCAAAACACCACGACCUUAUCCCGCACGCCGGACGUCACGCUGACAGACGGCAUUCCGGUGUCCGACUACACGGUCAUGGCGCCACUCCAGGUUGGUCUGAUUUACAUUAUCAUUGUCACGUUUUUCCAGGUCAUGUGGUUCCAGAGAGUCAACCAGGAGGCCGCCGAAACGCUCAAGCCACGGAGCUAUAUUAUCUACCGGAUCGUGAUUGCGCAGGCCAACUUCCUGCUGAUCUCGCUCGGAUACAGCUGUGUGAACGCCGCGUUCCAGAUCAAGCUCAACAACGCGUGGAAGGGCGGCUUUGGAGUGCACUGGAUGAUCUCGUACCUGACGAUGUCGGCGGUGGGAGGAGCCAACGAGAACAUUGCGCUAAUCUGCUUUGCUGUGCUGCCGCCGCUGAUGGGCUUCUGGCUGGUGUUCUUUGUCGUGUGCAACAUCUCGGCCACUUUUGCGCCCGUCGAGGUGUGUCCGGAGUUCUACCGGUUCGCGUACGCGAUGCCGAUCAAGAACUCAUACGAGCUAAUGAAGGUGCUUCUUUUCGACACCUACCGCGGACAUCUGGGCAGGAACUUUGGUAUUCUGGUGGCAUGGAUCGCUCUUAA